AUGUCCUGGAAAAAAGAAAUCUGUGUGAGGCUUGUCUGCAGGAAUAAAGUAAACCAUAAACCAGGUGCUUUUCUCCUUGUGUGGCUCCUGUUCUUACAAUCAGUGUCCUGCAGCAACCAAAGCUCUCGAGGCCAAAGCGGUCGGACAGAAGUGAAACCGGGCACCUGUGAGGUAGUGGAGGCUCAUCGCUGCUGCAAUAAGAAUAAGAUAGAGGAGAGGUCUCAGACGGUCAAGUGCUCCUGUCUGCCUGGACAGGUUGCUGGGACCACCCGCACAAAACCUUCGUGUGUCGAUGCAUCUAUGGUGCGGAUGAAGUGGUGGUGUCAGAUGGAGCCAUGUUUGGAUUUUGAAGACUGUAAAGUAUUGCCUGACCUCACUGGCUGGUCCUGCAGCUCUGGGAACAAAAUCAAAACUACUAAGGUCACACGGUAAAGCAACACUUCUGUGGACAUGCGAUGACAACUCAUAAUUUCACAGGAGCAUAUUUUA